UAAAUAAGCCUACUAACAUGCCCAAUUACGAAUUUCCCUUGUUUCUCACUACAAACCUAUCGGUCCUUGCCAGGCUACGUCGUCGCCACCCUCGCCGCCUCCGCUUCCGACUACUCCUCCCUCCGUUCCGCCGCGAAAUCCCCGAACCCUAAACGCGAGGACGGAGACCCAUUCUAAUCUUCCGAUGAUCCCUACUUCGCCGGAGGAUCCUGCCUCCGAAAACCUAGUCAAGAACGUCGCUUCCGUCCUCCUCGCCUCCCAGACACCCUCCGCUCCUCCGCUCGAAGAGUCCCUCGCCCCUUUCCUACCCCGCGUCUCCCCUCCGCUCGCGGCCUCCGUCCUUUCUACUGCGGCAUCCUCCCCGUCCUUUUCCUCCCCUGCUCCCCUUAUCGCCUUCUAUCAACUCAUCCAAAGACGUUUUACCUUUCCCCCCGACAAUUCCAACGCCGAGAAGCUUCUACCUUCCCUCGUUGCCCUCCUCCCGUCCCUCGUUCGGUUCAACAAGUACAGCGACGUCAAGUCGCUCUUUCUCUCCUUCAUCCGCCUCGACCGCCGCCGUCUCCUCCACCUCCAACUCCUUAGUGGCCACCAGAAGCUGCCAAAGUACGUACUUGACAUCGCCGUCUCCUCCUAUGCGCAACUCCGCCAGCCUCACCUCGCCUACCAGAUUUUCCAGAUCAUGCGCCGCCUUCACCUCCGUCCCUCCCUAAUAACCUCCAAUGCUCUCCUCUCCGCCUUCGUACACUCCCCCACCGCCUCACCCUCCGUCCCGUUUUCUCUGUUCCAUGAGAUGAUUUCACUCGGCGUCUCCCCCAGUAUCAACACCUUCAACAUCCUCAUUUACGGUUUCUGCGCCCGUGCCCAAUUUACUGAUGCACACGCCCUUCUGUCCAGAAUGGUCGGGUUUGGCGUGCACCCGGACACCAUCACCUAUAACACCAUCCUCGACGGCUAUUGCAAGAGGGGCAUGUUGAAGGACGCACGAGACCUGCUCGCUGAAAUGAAAACAAAGGAUAUCCCCCAAAAUCGGUCCACCUAUAAUACCAUAAUUGCUGCCUACUGUCGCCAGGGGUGGCUAAAAGAGGCUAGGAAAGUCAUUGAGACAAUGAAGGGGUCAAAUUUCCCCCCAGACAUUUGGACCUAUAACAUGCUUGUUGCUGGAUUGUGCUGUGAUGGCCGCAUUGACGAAGCCUUCCGUUUGAAGGAUGAGAUGGAGAGACUUCACUCACCCCCUGACGUUGUCACCUAUAAUACACUUAUCAAUGGGUGCUUCCAAUGUAGCAGGAGCUUCGAUGCGUUCCUUGUUUUUGGAGAGAUGAAGCAAAAGGGCGUGAAGCCAAGCUUGGUCACCCAUAACAUUAUCUUCAAAGGAUUGUGCCGGGAGGGAAAGAUGGGGGAGGCUGUUGAGUCACUGAGAAAGAUGGAGGAGGAGGGAGUGAUACCAGAUCCCAUUACCUACAAUACUUUGAUUAGUGGUUACUGCAAAGCAGGCGAGGUGGGAAAAGCUUUUGAGUUGAUGAAUGAAAUGGUUGAAAGAGGUCUUAAGAUGGACACUUUCACUCUGAAUACUGUCCUUUACAAUCUCUGUAAAUUGAAGCGGUUUGAUGAGGCAUGUAAUAUGCUUCGUAGCCCACCAAAGCAGGGUUUUGUGCCUGAUGAAGUUAGCUAUGGUACCAUUAUCGAUGCCUAUUUUAAGGACGGGAAUCCUGAUGAAGCAAUGAAACUAUGGGAUGAGAUGAAUGAGAAAAAGAUUUUGCCCCAAGUCACUACAUAUAAUUCUGUUAUCAGUGGAUUGUGCAGGUCAGGUAGAACAGAGGAAGCAAUUAAGAAGUUGGAUGAGCUUACCGAGAAGGGGCUGGUGCCAGAUGAGACUACAUACAAUACUAUAAUUCAUGGAUUCUGUAAAGAGGAUGAUUUGGAGCAAGCUUUCCAGUUUCAUAAUAAGAUGGUGGAGAAAUCAUUCAAACCAAAUGUAGUUACAUGUAGCAUUCUUAUGAAUGGUUUGUGUAAUGAUGCUAAGGUUGAUAAGGCUCUUAAUUUGUUCAAGGCGUGGGUUUCAAAGGGGGAGGUAGUGGAUGUAAUUACAUAUAAUACUCUGAUAAAAGGACUUUGCAAGGAGGGUAAAGUUGACGCUGCAUUGGAACUUUUUGGUGACAUGGAGGAUAAGGGUCUGAAACCUGAUGCCUAUUCCUACAGUUUAAUCCAAAGCGCACUGUCUGAGGCAGGAAGAUCAGAAGAAGUACAGAACAUGCAGUCUAAGAUGGUUGAGAUGGGAAAAUUGACUGAGCAGUUGACUUUGCCAUGGUCAUCCGAAAUCCCAACUUUAUCAGAGACAAACACAGAACAAAAGGAGUUGUCUGAUGCUUCAAAGGUGAAUUCAGAAGAUAUUAGCUCCUCCACCUACUCGGAACGCAUUAAUGAGCUAUGCAACAGUGGGGAGUUCAAAGAAGCUAAGCUUGUUCUAGAAGAGAUGACCAAGAAAGGUGUACCUGUUGAUAAUUCAGUUUAUGUCACUUUGAUGGAUGGAUUUAUUAAGCAGCAGAAGAGAAUUACCAAAUGUCCUGGAUAACCUUUUCAGCCAUAUGCUUCUCCCUGGCAUUUUCUGCUGUAGAAAAGGUGACAGCAGAAAACUCAAGUCUUGUAUCAACUUCAAUUGGCUUCAAACUUGAUCGAACACUUUAAUAAGUGUGAGGGAAUCCCCAAUAAGUUGAGAUUGGAAUUCAUUUUUCUAUAGAAAUGAAAUCGAAAUCAAAGGCUCAAUUUGAAGCGGAAUUGGAUGAAGGGACGUGCUUACUAUGGUGGAGCCCUAUCAGAUUGUGUUGUUUACUAGCACAUCUAAUAGUGGUUUUCUAAUACUCUUACCCGCACCACAUUAACAACAGACAAUGAAGUCGGUAUGUUUUUUGCUGGUACCAGCUGGACUUCAAGAUUAAGCUAAUGACAACAGGAAUAUGCUAGGGAAGAUGGAAGAAGGUUUAUUUGCCAUAUUAUGGAAGAUGGAAGAAGGUUUAUUUGCCAUAUUAUGGAAGAUGGAAGAGACCGGUUGCUUCAUUUGGUUGAUCUCUCGUUCCACCUAUGUCUCUAUGCAACAGAUUUGCUGUUCUCCUUCGUGAUCGUGCUGAACUAACAACGUAGCCCAUGCUGUUCUCUUCGUGAUCGUGCUGAACUCAACAACGUAGCCCAUUUUAACUGUUCUUUUGUGUAGCCCCUUUGCUGAGCUAAGUUGUGUUCUUCGUGGUUCAUGCUUAAGAAUGGUUUCUACAGAAUUUUGUCAAAGCUCAUCUCAGAGUAAAAAUCAACUGGCUCCAAGGAUACAAUGGUUUAGGAAUUAAGCUCCAAUUAUCCUAUCACAGUUGAGUUAUUGGCAUUUUUGACGAUAAUUGUAUUGGCUAUCAUUUUUCUUCGUAGUCA